GAUGACGAGGUUGACGGCGAUGCCUCCAUCGUCGUCGUCGUCUUUGUCGUCAGCAGGAGGAGGAGGAGGAGAUAAUGUCAGCACGAUUCCCAAUCUCUCCUUCGCUCAAUCCUCCUCCUCCUCCUCCUAUAAAGAGUUGAUCGAGACGCUGAUACAUGGAGUGGACCUCUCGGAGGAAGAGGCCGAGGCAUCCCUCGACCUCCUUCUGAACGAGGCCAACGAGGCCCUCAUCAGUGCCUUCCUAGUCCUCUUGAGAGCCAAAGGUGAAACCUUUGAGGAGAUAGUGGGACUGGCGAGGGCCAUGAUCAAAUGCUGCAGGAAAGUUGAAGGUCUGUCGGAUGUGGUGGACAUUGUGGGAACAGGAGGUGAUGGAGCUAACACUGUUAACAUUUCCACUGCUGCAGCAAUCCUCACUGCUGCAGCUGGGGCAAAAGUUGCAAAGCAAGGAAAUCGUUCGAGUUCUUCUGCAUGUGGCAGUGCUGAUGUGCUCGAAACUUUGGGUGUCAACAUAGAUUUGGGCCCUGAGGAUGUGAGAAGAUGUGUGGAGGAAGCAGGGAUAGGUUUCAUGAUGUCUCCAAUAUAUCAUCCAGCAAUGAAAAUUGUCAGUCCGGUGAGGAAGAAGCUCAAAGUGAAGACAGUCUUCAACAUUCUAGGUCCCAUGUUGAAUCCGGCAAGAGUACCCUAUGCUGUUGUUGGUGUUUACAAUGAAGAUAUAGUAAUGAAGAUGGCUAAAGCAUUGCAACGAUUUGGGAUGGAAAGAGCAUUGGUAGUUCAUUCAGAGGGUUUAGAUGAAAUAAGUCCACUUGGACCUGGAUAUCUCCUUGAUGUGACACCAACAAAGAUUGACAAGUUCCAUUUUGAUCCAUUGGACUUUGGUAUUCCUCGCUGCACCCUUCCAAGCCUAAAAGGAGGAGGACCAGAAUUCAAUGCCAAAGUUCUUAGGAACGUACUUUCUGGUGAAAAAGGAUCAAUUGCAGAUGCUAUUGUGCUGAAUGCUGCAGCGGCUCUUUUGGUGAGCGGCCGAGCGAGCAGCUUGGCCGAAGGGGUGGCACUGGCACAAGAGACCCAACAAUCCGGGGAAGCCAUUCACAAACUUGAUUCAUGGAUACUCAUCUCCAAUAAACUGAAGCAAGGAGCUGCCGCAGGUGUGGGUGCUGCUUGAACACAAUAUCUACAGUCUCAGAUUCUUCAAUCAAACAGCUUUUCAUCUCAAUAAUAAUAAUAAAAGUGUAAAAUAAUUAGAAUAAUACUCCUUAGGCGCCCCAUACAGAGUUCUGAGAGUUGGUUCAUAUUGUACUUAUGGCACCUUCAAUGUUUUCAUGACUCAUAUCAGAAAAUGUAUUUAUGAACCAACUACCAGCCCACCACCCCUUCAGAGCUUGUCUGCUCUCUGAAGGAAUGAGGUUUUUAUUAUUGUUUAUUUAUCGUUAUUCAAGUUGAGCU